AUGAAUUCUGCUGGGGAAGCCGCCCUCAAGGGUCAGCCUGCGCGGGGAUGGAAGGCGUGGUCGCUUAAGAAGAAAUUCAUCGUGAUCGGCUCAAUCCUCGGAGCCAUUGUGGUCCUCGCAGUUGCUCUCGGAGUGGGCCUGGGAGUCGGGUUGAACAAUGGCGGUGGUGGCGGUGGUGAGGAAGAGCCCUCCCCUCCCACCAAUACGACAGGCAACUAUACGACCGCCAAAUGGCAGCCUGCGGUGGGCACCACCUGGCAGAUCGAGCUCCUGUACACACUCAACGACACCUCUGUGGACGUAGACGUUUACGACAUUGACCUCUUCAACAACAAUCAAUCCAUCAUCAACGCGCUGCACGAGGCGGGCCGCAAGGUCAUCUGCUAUUUCUCGGCCGGCAGCUACGAGAACUGGCGUCCGGACAAGGACGACUUCAAGUCCGCGGACCUGGGCAAAGACCUCGAUGGCUGGCCCGGCGAGAAGUGGCUCAACAUCAGCUCGUCCAAUGUGCGCAAGAUCAUGCAGAAGCGGCUGGACAUGGCGCAGAACAAAAGCUGCGACGGGGUCGACCCGGACAAUGUCGAUGGCUAUGACAAUGAGAACGGGCUGGAUCUGACCGAGGCGGAUUCCAUUAACUACGUGAACUGGUUGGCGAACGAGGCGCACGCCCGCAACAUGUCCGUCGGCUUGAAGAACGCAGGGUCCAUCAUCCCCUCGGUCAUCAAGAACAUGCAGUGGAGUGUCAACGAGCAGUGCGCAGAGUAUGACGAGUGUGACACCUAUGCCGCCUUCACCCAAGCGGGCAAGCCGGUGUUCCACAUCGAGUACCCCAAGGGAGACAAAACCAAUAACAAUAAGAAUGUCACCACCAGCCAGAAGGACAGUGCUUGCGAUUUCGCCGGGUCCGGCAACUUCUCAACUGUCAUUAAGAACAUGGAUCUGGACAACUGGAUCCAAGUCUGCUAA